AUGGUGUUCACGUGCACGCGUCCUCGUGAUCCCACACGUCGCAAGGGCCUUCCACCUCACGCCUCAAAAAGUGAACAUCUUGCCAUGAAUCCGUUCCUGAAACCACACACAAACUCAGGGCAAUCCAGGUGGGCAUCGAAUAAACAAUCACUACCAUUGUACAAGGACAAACCUUCUGCAUCGAAAUCAGCAUUUUCUCCAGCCAGAGGUAGUCGAUCUAAGCGUGUCAUGUUGUUCCGGGUUUUCGUGUCCACGUUGGCGCUCUACAUUUUCUACUAUUUUGUGACGAGUGACAAGCUGGCUCUGCUUUUCCAAAGCAGCUCGGCGUCGUCCUGGGCGGAGGCGAAGAAGGAAGUUCGGGACGUCUUUCUUGAGUCCUGGGCCGCGUAUGAAGCGGAUGCUUGGGGUAAAGACGUAUAUCACCCGGUCAAGGGCAGCGGGGAAAACAUGGGCCCUAAGCCUUUGGGAUGGAUGGUCGUCGACCUGUUAGACACUCUCUUGAUUAUGGAGUGCCAGGAAGAGUUCAACAGAGCUAAGAGAUGGGUCAAGGAGGACUUGCUGUACGACUUUGACUAUAAUGUCAAUGUUUUCGAAACCACCAUCCGAAUGUUGGGUGGUCUUCUCUCAGCAUAUCAUCUUUCAAAUGAUGACGUUUUCGUGGACAAAGCUGCCAAAUUGGCAAACUCGCUUAUUGGUGGUUUCAACAGCCCUACAGGCAUUCCGUAUUCUUCUGUCAAUUUAAAGACAGGUGAGGGUAUCAAGAACCACGUGGACAACGGUGCUUCUUCCACUGCUGAGGCGGCAACUCUCCAGCUCGAAUUCCGCUACUUGGCCAAGUUGACUGGCGAAGACCUAUAUUGGAAAGCCGCAGAGAAAAUCAUGGAGGUUUUGGAUAAGAACCAGCCCAAGGACGGGCUUGUGCCAAUCUUUGUUCAGCCAGACACUGGAAAAUACCAGGGUAACCUCAUCCGGCUUGGAUCUCGUGGUGACUCAUAUUAUGAGUACUUGUUGAAACAACAUUUACAAACCAACAACAAAGAGCCAAUUUACUGGCAAAUGUAUAAGGAGUCCGUUGACGGUGUCAAGAAACAUUUAGUUGGUAAGUCCAAGCCAAAUGGUUUGACUUUUAUUGGCGAGCUCGAAAAGGGUAUUGGUGGACCAUUGUCUCCUAAGAUGGAUCACUUGGUAUGUUUCUACGGUGGUUUGCUUGCACUCGGAGCUACAAAUGGCUUGCCUUUGAAGGAGGCCAAGAAAUCGCCCUACUGGAGCCAAGAUAAGGCGGAUGAUAUGAAGCUUGCGGAGGAGUUGACAUACUCGUGCUACAAAAUGUACAAGGAUGUUGAAACAGGCUUGUCUCCCGAGAUUGUUGUCUUUAACACUGACCCGCUGAAGGAUGAGGAUUUCACAAUCAAACCUGCUGACAGACACAACUUGCAGCGGCCUGAAACCGUUGAGUCCUUGUACUACUUGUACCAGAUUACCGGUGACGAGAAAUAUAGGGAAUGGGGUUACGAGAUUUUCCAGAGUUUCCAGAAGUACACCCGUGUUCUCACUGCUGACAACAAGAUUUCAUACACUUCGUUGAACGAUGUAACCACGACAAAGCCUUCGUAUCGGGACAAUAUGGAAUCAUUCUGGUUGGCUGAGACGUUGAAAUACUUGUACUUGUUAUUUGAUGAUGAAAACAAACUUCCAUUGAACAAAUACGUUUUCAACACCGAGGCGCAUCCUUUCCCAAGGUUUGACAUGGCGCCAUUGUUCAGCACCGGCUGGAGCAGGCCCAUCGACGACCCAAGAAAUGAGCAUGUUUACGAAAAGUGCGUUGGAACGGCGGACGAGACCGAAAAAAGGCCGGAACCUAAGAUAGAUAAGAAGAAUCCGCCUCAGGCGGCGCCUGCUGCCAAGAAGGUUGAUGAAGAGAUGAAGGAAGAGGUGAAGAAAGAUCCGCUGCUCAAGGACGACGAGGGCAAGAAGCAGCGGAAAGUGGAAGAGGCAUUGAAAGAUUUGCAGAGUUAA